AUGUCGAAUGCGACCAUGGACGAGGAGACGGGGGAGCUGCGGUCAAAUAUCGCCUGCUAUGUAUGCCGGAAACGAAAGAUUAAGUGUGGGAGAGAAAUACCUCAUUGUUCGAUAUGUGAGCAGUCUUCCCAGUCAUGUUACUAUCCUGGACGAGCUGCACGGCCAGGACCAAAAAUUGGGAGCACUCAGAAUGGUCGCAAGAGACAGCGCGACAGCUCCAACUUAGAAAAAGGUAAUUCGAAACCAAGCAAACGUCAUGCCGUCGAGCCAUUGGAAGGGGCCAAGAACGAAAAUACUGAAGUCGGGGGCGAUUACACGUCGCCAAAUCACUCAGUAACUUCGACGACCUCUUAUAAGCAGGUCAAGGAUAUGCAAAGCCUGUCGUUCAUUAUUCAUCCUUCCCACGAGUGCUGCAGCCCAGAAGAGGAGCAAGCCCAAGUCCAUACCCCUGAUCCACCUAGCAAUGAAGAGCCUAUGCUCACAGCUACUUGCUAUGCCCUCGACAUCAGCCCAGACAUCAUGAACAGAUUGCUGGACGAGUAUUUCAAUACAUUCACCUCGUUCCGCCUAUUUCGAGAACCUCAUUUUCGUACGAAACUUCAUCAUAUCACGAAUGGCUCACAGCUGAAUGCCCUUGUUGCAUCAAUGUUGGCAUUUGGAGCUAAGUCGGCAGGACCUCGCUCAAAAUCAACUGGCUCAUGUGAGCAGUUAUCGGACACUUACUUCAGCGAGCUAGCAAAGAGAUAUAUUGAUACUGCGCUGAAUGAGUGCGGCGAUGAAACACCAUCUAUAGCGCUAUUGCAGGCGCUCAUCCUGACCAGUCAUUGGCUUUUAAUUCAGGGGGUUCGAGGCAAAGCCUGGAGAUAUCUUGGAUUGUGUGUUAGAAUCGCAUACGAGAUGAACCUACAUCUUAUCGACUCGGGCAAGACCUCGGAUUACUAUUUAAAUAAGCCAGCGCAGUGGUGCGAGGACGAGGAGCGGAGGCGCGCAUGGUGGGCAAUUUGGGAAAUGGACGUCUUCGCAAGUGUCAUUCGCCGAUGUCCCACAGCUAUUGACUGGUCUCAAAAUGAGACGGUACUACCGGCUGAAGACGAAAAAUGGUUCCAAGGCCAGCCGCAGGCCAGCUGCAUGCUGGAGAUCCCUUUGGUCCAUCGCUGGAAAGCUUUACAGGGAACUGGAAAUAAAUCUCCAAGAGCGUGGUUCAUUGUCGUCAACUCUCUGAUGAAGGAAGCUCAGGGAAUUUCCAGCCCAGUAGGAAUCCGUCGUUCAGCACCUCAGGGCGAGACAGGAUGGAGAGCUUACGGUUCUGCGAGGCAGCCCGGCAAUUCGCGACUUACUGAAAAAGAGCGAACGACUGAGACCCUGCACAAGCUUUCAACAUUGUACAACUCCCUACGUUGUUUCACCAUGGCAAUACCACCACUACUUAAAUAUGGUAACCAGUACCUGAGUUUUGAUUCUCGCGGCAAUGACCUAGGAGCCACAUCGUCGAUACGCCAUCUUCAUAGUGCCAUAUAUAGUAUCCACAUAAUGACCCAGCUGACCAAAUUGAUGAUACACAAAUACUAUAUAUUUAGGAGCGGCUUGCAACUAGGAGAGAAGAUGUCAACCGAACAUGGAGCGUCAGCCGAGAAUGGCCUUUUAUUGCAAAAGGAUCGAGCUUUCGAUCAAUACUGCGAAGCAGCCGAUGAGGUCUUACGCGUCAUCCAUGGGAGUAGUGAGGUCCAAUACAAAUAUGUCAAUCCUUUCAUGUCAAAUACAAUAUGGCUAGCCGCCGCGGUACAACUUUUGCACCGAGAAUUGGGAGCCCCCGGCGCUGAGAAAGACCUAGCCAACUCGAAUUUCGAGGUUCUGUGCAUGACUCACGACCAAUUUGUAUCAUAUUGGAACAUGUCCAACGCGUUGCCGCAAAACUUGGAGACACUGGGGGGGCAACUGGCAGAACAACUGGGUAAUUCCCAGGCCGCAUCACAAGAACCGGAAAAUGAGACACAAGGUUCAGGAGAACGCAGCAAACCGAGACAUGAAGACAACGCUCAAAAGACAGCAGGAGAACACAAGGAUAUGGGUCCGAAUGGAAAUUCUUACGAAGGCAUUGCCAACAAGACGCAGGCCAAUUUCAAUGCUGAAACCAACUUAUCAAAAACACAAUAUUGCAAUGAUGCCAGUGUGUGGCAAGUUCACAACCAGGAGCAGCAAGACCAGUUUCAAAACCAGCAAACCCAGAACAAACAUUAUCUAUCACCAGCCAAUUCCAACGCCUCCAUAGCUGUAUGUAGCAACCCUGUGACCUCACAGGCGGUACCCGAGACCACGACCUCUUCCUCAGCCCUGGAACGUGAUCUAUCUACAAAACAGCAGACAACACCAUUUGAUGCCCUCGCAUCAGAGACAGCCAUGAACAGCCUUAUGAACCUGGCGAAUGCUAAUGACUGUAGUAGCAAUAUGACGGUCUCGGCGACAUAUGAUGGGUUCAAUGCGAUGAGGGACUUUGGGAGCGGGAUGGACUUCUCGCUGUACCUCGAUGAGUCGUGUUGGAAACCACUUGGUAACCCUCAAGCACGUAACAUCCGUCAGACUUCUUUUGAGAAGUAUCAAGGCGAAGGAAAUGCCUCUCCUGAGGCGGGUGGCAAGGCUGCUCCUAUUGGACCCACCCUAUUGAUCGGUCACGAUACAUAG